GUAGACAAUGAUAUGAAAAGGCUGCGUAAGCAACAGAGAAGUUUUCAGCAAUAAUCAAAGCUUUUCGUUGAGCGAGACGUAGCAGCGCUUCUGGCAUUACAGAAGAUGCUUAUUAUGGAAGCUUCUGUAGGUGAGAUUCUCAAGACUAUUAUCUAGAAAAAACUACUUAGGUUAUAGAAACAGUCACCCCUAGCACUAAAGCCUGUUGUCAAGUGUGGAGUAUUACACGAAUCGCAACGUUCGAACAGCUUUAUCCGCAGCCUGCGCCAUGACUUGUGCAGCCAAGCAUGUUAACGAAAACAGAAGGUACUGUGGGCUCUGUGAAAUAAUGAUAAUUAUCUCGCUCGUGUUUUCCGAUCUGCUUCGCCUUUAGCUUCUUUUGCGAGUUGCUUCUCGUUACUCGACAGCCGCACACGGAUAACAAUAACUUGGAAAUUCGCCGAAACCAUCUGCAAGUAACAUGAGCUGGCAGCUAAGAAUUUCAGAUCUUGACCCACAGCUUACCACAGUUCCUGCGGGAAAGGGCUAGAUUGCUGGUUUGGUAUCGUAAGUGCGUGUCCUUCUACUUGGCCAAAAAAUACGCGCCGUCGAUUUAGCACCAUGAACGCCGAAAUGGAAGCGCCGGUGAAUACGGUGCGCGCUGAAAACGGGGCAGUUCGCAGUGCCUACGGUGAUCCAGAAAUCAGUCAGGACGUCCCGAAGAGCGUCAGCGGAAACGCCAACAACCACCACGCCCCGGUGAUCAACAUCGACCCCGGCGUUGAGUCUGGCGUUCUGCUGCGAGUCCCAGACUUGCCCUUCUCUAGAGGCACCUCGUCGGCCGAGUCCCUGGGUGCUACUCCUAAUCAGUUUCUCAACCUGCCGAGUCCAGCCGAGCAUCGACGACACUCGAUGCAAGACGGCCGCAGCCCGCACAACCACCACCACCACCGGCGGCAUCGCGACCGCAAGCGCUCCUGCCCCGACGUACGCAGCUCGGCAGACCGGCGUCGCCGCGGAAGCCGCAGCCCUAUGGCUCCGCAGGGCCUGACGGUGUCUGGCGGGGUGGAUUCGAUGAGCGUGACCCCUUCGUCUUCGCGUCGCUCUAGCGCCAGCAGCCUGAGUCGCCGCUCGUCCCGGGACAGCGAGUGCUGCCCGCACAGCCGUCGUUCGUCCCGGGCUGACGACGGAAGCCGCAGGUCCUCCAAGUGCGACGACAGUCGUCGCUCGUCACGAGCGACCGACGACACCGGAGGAGUCGGACACAGCAGUCGACGCUCGUCACGUAGUGCCGGGGACGACGAGCGUCGGUGCUCGGAGGACAGGUACCACCACCAUCACCAGCACCAGCGCCCUCACCACUCGCACAGGCGGGAGUCCUCGCUGGUCGGACCGGAAGCGUGCCGCCGGAAGGGCAGCUCGCUACUUCCUCCGGACGUGGACGCUGGAAGCCGCAGGGCGUCCAAGGCGCCGUCGCUCUUGGUCACGGACGAAGAGACCGGGCAGCAGCGCAAGCCGGACGACGAGCUCGACUCGCCCAAGCGCCGUAUUAUCAUAUUCGUGAUCAGUUCGGUGGCGUGCUUCAUUCUGUUCAUGAGUGUGGUGCUCAUCGCCGUAACCCUCACCAUCUCGCCGGCCAUCGACAACAUAGGUGAGUGACACUGGGCGCCG